GAUCGGAUAUUUAGACUAGAUGGAAGGCAUCCAUCAGCACGAUGGUCCCAUGGACAGACGAUCUAUAAACAAAGUCGUACGAUUUUGAAGUCAUGGCCAUGUGGGUGGUCUCAUGGUGUGGCUGCUGCCGUGCGGAUGCAUGCGAUGGCAUCUGCAGGAGAGACGGCGGGCUGUUGGACCGAGCUGGUGGAUUCGGCACUGGAGGGUCAUUUUUCGACAGAAAGUCCCAUGUUUCCCCCUCGCACCCACGGUAUGUCAGGCAAGGGGUGGCAGGAGUCAAGAGAGCCAGGGGUCAAGGGGGUUCUCCUACUGCAGGGGUGUGGACCAGAUUCUGGGGGAGAAGGUGCUUCGCGGUGCACCGUCGUUUGUUGAGUUUGGACGGUAUAGUUGCAUUGGCGCGGUCGAGGGGGAACAAAGCGGUCGCAACCAUGGACCUGGAGGGACCAAGCUGGUGCGACCUGACUAGGAUCUUGAACCUGGCCCUUCUCUUUUCAUCACUCUCCCGACCACGAAAGGAGGGAUACCUCGCCUCUUGGACUAAUGGCGCCGGUCAUUCAGGCACCUCAAGGUUUGGCCCACUGCCCCCAAGCCAUGGCACAGUUAAGCGCCCGACAACGUGGGUCUGUCCAGAGAAGGCCUAG